AUGUCCAUUGAAGAUGAUCCUACCGACUUUGACGGUUCUCUAGGGAUUUUGCCCGUAGUGCCUCCCGGCUCCUCAUCACCCCUCUACAAGGAUCCACGAAGCAAUGCAGCCACUGGCGCUUCUGCAGCAGGCGUUCGUGCCUUCACUGCGCAGGCGGUAGCAUUCUACUUUCGGGCUCCCGUGAAAGCCUUUUUCCGAACUCGUGUCGAUUAUCUGGCGUACGCCAAAUCCAUCGCCAGCCAGGAUCUCCAGAAAGGCGGCUUCACCUGGCGCACAACUAAAGCAGGCUUGCUCGCCAAUGCGGUUGGAAGCUAUGGAUGGCGUUUCAUUCCUGAACAACUCCUGCCACCGCUAGCAGCAAACAUUGUUGUCGGGGCGGCUCUGUACACUUCGUAUCUUCAGAUCCUAGCUCGUCUCCAUGAGCCAUCUGCACACGCCACGAAGGCCGCCUACCCUCCUCCUCCACCGAAGCAUACAUUCGUCGCGGGCUUUGCCGCUGGGACCACCCAGAGCAUUGUCGCUGCACCCCUUGAUGCGCUCCAGAUUCGAUUUGAACGCCGAGGACACGAAUACGAAAAUAAAACAAUGUGGCAGUAUGGAAGAGGCAAGCUACAUGAGAUUGGCAUCCGCGGAAUAUUCGCUGGGUGGGGACUGUCGUUUCUGAAAGAUAGCUUUGGAUCAGGCGUCUUCUUCUGCACCUUCGAAUACCUCAAGGCCCAAGCAUAUUACGGGUACGUCCGAUGGCACUAUGGGAGCCUGGAAGAGCCUGCUGUGGACAGGCUGGCGAAGAAAGCUGGGAUGGCCGCCACUGAAGCGCAGCCUACAGCGACCAUCCGUCCACACUAUGCCUUGGAGCCUGGUUUCCUUAUGUUGGCAGGGAUUGCAGCCUCGUUCACCCAGCAAAUGGUGCUCUACCCACUGACAACCAUUCAAACAUUACAUUUUGAGCGACUGGAGGAGCUAGACAAGAAGGCCAUCAAGCUAUCGCGGUCUCAGUCACCCAGCCGAGGACGUAUGUUGAGGGCUUACUAUCACGCCUAUCAGGACACCUGGACGCAAUCGAAAACCCAGGCGACAAGGGUAGGAGGAUUACAGCGUUGGCUUUUCAGAGGGUUCUGGUGGUUCACCAUUCGUCAGGUCCCGAGCACGAGCGCUGGAUUGAUUAUAUUUGAGUUGGUCAGGAGGAAAUACGGCAUUGCCGGGGAUGAAGUGAAGAUCACAGAGGAUGGAUAUGAUAUCCUUCUCACAUAG